GUCAGGAGUCCAGAAGUGACCCAGUCACACAGUAAAGUCUAAUAGUUACUUCAGCAUCUGCGUCACCGGCCUAAAACUGUUUUACAGCGGAGAAGUACAACGCAAUUGUGAAUAUCAGUGAGCAAAUGAUGGAGAUUCGGAUCAGUGUUCGGCUCGGUUUCAUCUGUUCGGUUCUUCUGCUUCAGUGUCUUUUCAUCGGAACCAGUGCAGUGGUCUGCAGUCAGGGGCAGUUCACAUGUGGAAACGGGAAGUGCAUCACCAGCCGCUGGGUUUGUGACAAUGCAGACGACUGCGGAGACGGAACUGAUGAACUGGUUACGUCCUGCAGAGAGAAGUCGUGUUUGCCCAAUCAGUUCAGCUGCGGUGGGCGUCUCAAUGAGUGCGUGUCCACCAGAUGGCACUGUGACGGCAAAUCUGACUGUGAGAAUGGAGCCGAUGAGCAGGGCUGCGUGCUGAAGAACUGCACGGACGAGGAGUUUCGCUGUCGCAGCGGUCAGUGCGUGUCGCUCUCAUUUGUGUGCGACAAGGACUCGGACUGUGAUGAUGGCAGUGACGAAGCGUCCUGUCCCGCCCCCACCUGCAGCGCCGGCUCAUUUCAGUGCAAUAACUCCGUCUGCGUGCCGCAGCUCUGGGCAUGCGAUGGCGAAGCCGACUGCGCAGACGGGUCGGAUGAGUGGCCGCAAAACUGCGGUUCCAGACCGGUUCAUAACUCACGGAACAGCUGCAGGACUCACGAGUUUCAGUGCGACAGCGGCGAUUGCAUUCAUGCGAGCUGGAGGUGCGAUGGCGGGUUUGACUGCAGUGAUCGAUCAGACGAGGAAAACUGCACCACGCCCACCUGCCGCCCAGAUCAGUUUGUCUGUAAAGACGGCAGCUGUAUUCCAGGAUUGCAACAGUGCGACGGGAAUAACGACUGCAGAGAUCGCAGUGAUGAGAUGGACUGCGUCACAGUGAAUCAGUGUGAGUGGCCGAGCAGGUUUAAGUGUCGCAGUGGCGAGUGUAUCAGCGCAGAUAAAGUGUGUGACGGUCAGAGAGACUGUCGUGACUGGUCAGAUGAGCCAAUUAAAGACUGCAAUGUUAAUGAGUGUGUUAAUAACAACGGCGGCUGUUCUCACACGUGUAACAACCUGAAGUUUGGCUUCGAAUGUUUGUGUCCGAAGGGAUUUCACCUGAUCAACCGCACACACUGUGAAGACAUCGACGAGUGUUUGGACGCUGACAGCUGCAGUCAGAUCUGCAUCAAUCUGCCUGGCAGCUUUAAAUGCGAUUGUAACGAUGGAUAUGAACUUGAUCACAUGACCAAUGAGUGUAAAGCCGUUACAGGUUCUGGAGCAUUCCUGCUCUUCAGCACUCGUCAUGAGGUGAGGAAGAUGAUGCUGGGCAGCAGAGAAUACACAUCACUGAUCCUCCAGCAGAAGAAUGUGGUGGCGUUAGAUGUGGACAUUCACAACAAUAAGAUCUACUGGUCUGACGUGAGCCAGAAAAAGAUCUACAGCACACUUGCUAGUGACCCCACCCACCACAGCACUGUGAUUGACAGCCAAAUCUCCGCCCCUGAAGGACUCGCUGUAGACUGGAUCCAUGGAAACAUCUACUGGACUGACAGUGAGCUGGGAACCAUCUCUGUGUCAACAACAGAUGGCACCAAACGCAAGACGCUCAUCAAAGAUGGUUUACAGAAUCCUCGCGCUGUUGUCGUCGACCCACAGCGAAAUUUCAUGUUCUGGACGGACUGGGGCGAGUCUGCUCGGAUUGAGAAGAGUGGGCUCAACGGUGCUGAUCGAACACUUCUUGUUACGGACAACAUUGCCUGGCCAAAUGGCAUCACACUCGAUGUGUUAAAUGAGCGUCUGUACUGGGUGGACUCUAAGAUGCACACACUGUCCAGCAUCGGUGUGAAUGGCGACGGACGACACACACUGAUCUUUGAUGAACAAAAGCUCCCACAUCCGCUCUCACUCGCUGUGUUUGAGGAGAAAGUUUUCUGGACUGACGUCUCUAAUAACGGCAUCUGGAGCGCAAACCGCCUGACAGGUCAAGACAUCACAGCUGUAGUGCAACACCUGCAGUCGCCUGAAGAUAUCGUGCUGUAUCAUGACCUCAAACAACCCACAGGAACGGACUGGUGCAAAGAGACGGCUCUCGUGAAUGGAGGCUGUGAGUUUCUGUGUCUCCCUGCGCCACAGAUUAACACGCACUCGCCCAAAUACACAUGUGUGUGCCCUGAUCACAUGACCCUGAGCGCUAACAUGAGGACGUGUGUGUCAGCUCCAGACUUCACCGUGCCAUCACAAGCUGCAGCUGGAACUACAGCCAGAAGGCCCGCCCUGUUACCCACGGCAACCUUGACAUCCAGAGCGCGACCUACGACCACUACGGCAGCUCCGUCAUCUCAUCAACAUCAAGGCAGAAAACAGCCGCAGGACGCAAGCGGAAGUGAUGCACAAACGCACGCUAACAGAAUCAAUGAACAACACGAGCCGAUCACCUCCCCGUCCCAGCAUCCCACAGUCCUGUACAUCACACUUCCAUUAGUGGCCGUGUGUCUGAUGGUGUUUGGUGGCGUGUUACUAUGGAGACACUGGCGACUGAAGAACACGAACAGCAUUCACUUCACAAACCCGGUGUAUCAGAAGACGACAGACGACACAGUUCACAUUUUCAGAAGCCCCAGUUUGGAUGGAUACUCGCAUCCAUCGUGUCAGAUGGUGAGUUUGGAUGAAGAAUCACUCUGACAUGUUGCAGUGAUGUGGGUCAAAGGUCACUUCAGGCGCAGCUCACAGACCGUCAUGAAGAGAAACGACACGGAUCAGAUCUGAUUAUACCUGUUUAAAUUAAGAAAUGAAGUCUCACCCUAAUAUCUAAUGAAUGAAUGAAGCAGUUUAAUGUCAGAAGGACUUACAGGAAGAAUUUAAAUGCUGGCGACUGUAAAUGACCUCUGACAUCCUUGAAGGGUCACAUAACUCACAGGUCACGUAUGUUGUGACCUCAUAAAGGAUUCGGGGAUUUUGCACACUGCAGACACGCAGCUGUUUUAUAUAUUUAUUAGUAUCAUUAUUGUGCUUGUUGGCGUUUGAGAUCCAGUUAUUGACGGUAUUAUGAACAUGUUCUUAAUAUUUAAAAUGAUGUGGAGGGCAGACAGCUGUCGCUCUUUCUCUCUCCUGCACUAUAAAUGUCAGAUUUUAUUUGUGUUUUAUUCGCAGUAGAUUACAGACAUGAAUAUCUUUAUCAUUGUUGUUAUAAAUGAACAGGGCUGCUUUAUUAAUAAUGAAUAUUGCAAAGGGACACGACGAUUUUCCAAGGUGCCUGAUUUGUGUUUGUGGUUAUGAAGUCACAUGUGUGAUAUGAAGUUCAGUUCUUUAGGAUGAAAUAUGGGCCUUAAUAUUCAGUAAAGAUAAUACUGUAAGUGUGUGUGUACUGUACAGAGAAUAUUUACACAAAGUGAAUGUGUGUGUGUGCUGCGUCACCUACAGAGGUUCAGGUGACCCCUGACCUCACCUGUCCGUUAUAACGUUACAGGAACCUUUUCUUCUUGUGUUUUUUAAUUUGAUGUUCAGAUCAUGUUUAGAUCAGAUAAUGAAGAAUCACGUUCUGAACAUAUUAUCUUUAUUAGAAUAUCUGUUCUGUCUACACAUUUAAAACUCCAUCUUUGUAUAAAGAACAUUUUUUAUUUAUUGUGUACAUUUAAAUAUGUUGUGUUUGAAAGUGUACCAAAUGUGAUAGUGUGUUAUUGUGGUAAAAGCAUCUAUAAAUGUGUGUGUGCACUACAGAGGGAACCCUCAUUAAUGAAGGAUAAAACACAGAUGUGAAGUCAGGACUGUUUUGAGAUUUGUGCCUGUAAUCACACAGAUGGAAGUUGAUUUUGACCAGAACUCUUUUCUCUCUCUCUUACUGUUGUUUAUUUGUGGUCAGUUUUGUGAAGAUUUUUAUGAAGCUGUUUCAGUUGUUUAUUCUUUAUCUCAGGACUCAAUGUUCUUCAGAU